AUGCACGCCUGUCGAUCUAUCAGAUACUUCAGCCGCGGCCCUUGGACAAGCGCGAGGGUGGGAACCUCCGUAGAAUCGCAAGCAGGAUUCAUGUACGCGGAAAGGGUUUGUGGGGGCACCGCUCCUUCUACUCGUCGUCUGGCAAGCAGUCGUAGCGUUGGUGCUGGGGACGCUAGCGCAGCGUCAACGGGUGGUGGUGGUGGUCGUGACGGGGACGACGACAACCCAGGGGCGCUCCCAGCAACAGAGGCUAAGCUGAAUCUGAGAUCGUUGAGAACGGCCCGUGAGCGUGGCAGCGUCAGAAACAAGAGGAAGAAGAGCAAGCCAAAUCAAGGCGAACCAUCAUCACCACCACCACCAUCACCCGCAAGUAGAAGUGCCCCAGGAGGCGGCGGUGCACGGCUGCUGAGGCUCUCCAAGCUGCUGGCGGACAGAGCGAUCGGGACCAGAAGUGAGGUGGACACAUUGGUGCGGCGGGGUCGAGUUAAGGUAGAUGGUGCCGUGGUCAAGUCUCCGAAGACAAAGCUUCCGGUGGACUGCGUAAUAGAGGUGAACGGAGAAGUGCACGGGCCCGUCCCGCUUCUGGUGGCUUUCCACAAGCCGAAAGGCGUAAUAACGACUCUGAGCGACGACUGGGACAGGGAAGACUUGUCCGAUGUGCUUCCCAAGUCGCUCCUGCUCAAGCACCACCCGGUGGGACGCUUGGAUGCAGACAGCAGCGGCCUUCUGUUGCUGAGCAGCGAUGGAGCUCUCACGCACAGGCUGCUAAACCCGAGGUUUGAGGUAGAGCGCGAGUACGUGGCCUCGGUGGACGUGCCUCCGGAGGGAGAGGAGCCGGGAGACUCGCUGGUAACGGCUCUCAAAGAAGGGAUCACAACCGCAGACGGCGUCUACAAGGCGGACGUACCGGCGAUAAGCGGGCGGGAUGUGGGCGUGGUGGUGCGAGAAGGGAAGAACCGCAUGGUCCGAAGGAUGUUAGCGAACGCGGGAUACCCCGUCCUCGAACUGCGGCGAGAACGGUACGGGAAAAUUCUUCUUGGCGAUCUCCCCGAGGGCGAGCAUGUGCCGGUGUCGGGAGAUGCCUUGGAAUGGGCGCGAUCGGUGCUCCAGCUUCAAGCGGCGACGGCGGCGGUUGUUGACGGUGGUGGCGACGAAAAGGGAGUGGAGCCAUGA